AAGACAUGCUGCCAACUGAGUCCACGGGGACAUCUUCCAGCCCGGGGGAUUCUUCCAGCACUAGUGGGCCGACCUUUCCACCCACGUUGGCAGAUUUGAGUCGGAAUGCGUCUGUGAUAUCGUCUUCGUCCGAUUCGGAAUCCAUCAAUGAGGUGCCGACGACCCCGCGUCCUCGGCCAACGCGUACUUUCUCUUCUCCCCGCUCACGCAGCCCACAUUCUCCGCCAACGGUUCGCGCUCCCAGCUAUCUCACCCGUGAGCUUGUUGUGUCAGAUCGAGAGCCCAGAUCUCGUUCUCUCGCCCCACACACCCGGUCGAAAUCUCGGAGACGGUCUCGCUCUCAGAAUCCCUCCGCAAACAGCAGACCCUCCCCGCAGGACUUUUCCUUUCUGUCCACUCUUGGCGAGGGUUCCUACUCCACCGUCAUGCGUGGAAGGUACAUCCGCACGGGUCAGGAAUACGCCAUUAAGAUCAUCGACAAGAACCAUCUCAUCAGAAAAGACAAAUUGGCCGUCGCAAUGGCCGAGAAGAACGUCCUUGUCAAACUGGGCACGGGUCAUCCCGGCAUUAUCCAUCUCCACUGGACAUUCCAAGACGAGUGGAGCCUUUUUUUCGUCCUCGAUCUCGCUGUCAACGGCGAAAUGCAAUCACGCAUCUCGCGCAUGGGUUCUCUCUCGCUAGCCUGCGCCAGACACUACGCAGCACAAAUUAUAGAUGCCCUGGAUUACAUACAUUCAAAAGACGUCAUCCAUAGGGACCUCAAACCAGAAAAUCUCCUCCUCGAUAGCGAAUUCCGUAUUAAAAUCACAGAUUUUGGGACGGGAAAAAUACUCGAAUCUGGGCAGGAACGUGCGAACUCAUGGGUAGGCACCGCUCAAUACAUCGCUCCCGAACUCCUCGAACGCAGUGAAACAAGUAAAAGCUCAGACCUUUGGUCUCUGGGAUGCAUUGUUUACCAAAUGAUCGCUGGCCGAUUCGCAUUUCACGGUCUGUCCGAAUAUCUAACCUGGCAAAAGAUUAAGGCCCUCGACUACACAUUUCCCGAGGGCUUCGACGAACAAGCGAAGGAUUUCGUGCAGCGGUUGCUUAUCUUUGACCCGAUGCAACGACUCGGUGCAGGUGCCGACAGGAGCCCGACCUCCCGGACAGCAUUACGUGCUCACCCAUUCCUCGCCUCUGUAAAGUGGGAGACGCUCUGGAGUGAUCCUGUCCCUCCGCUGGAGGCGGGGCUAGUGAAGAAAGAGGUACGUGAGGAGGCAAGAGACGAGGAGCAGGUUGGAGGACAGGGGUUAGAGAAUGUGGGUAGUAUAUGGGACGCAUUCGUCGGCGAGGUAAGAAUGAAUGGGUCGAGUGGGAUAGGCUGGGACGACGGGGGCGAGGGAGAAGGAAGUGGCAAAGUCACCACCACCAGGAGAGGAGCUGGGGGACUUGGCAGGCAUUUCGGGAGAAGUCCAAAGACUACAGAGGACAACAAUCACGUUAAUCCCGAUGGAUUAGGCUGGGCGCUGGACGCAGAGGGUCCCGAGUUUGAGCGGUUCAGGUUAAGGGAAAAUCAGCUGCUGAUGCGGUGCGAUGAGGGCGACGAGGAUGAGGCUGAAGAUGCACGUAGCGGAAGACAUCGACUUGUGGUUGACAAAGUUGAGGACACAACGCGGACGCCAACCCUGACGAUUAUCCAAGACGUACAGGAUGUCGUGGACAAGGCGGGUAAAAUGGACGGGACUACUACUACCAUGACAAUGCAACAUAUAUCCAUACCAACAUUGAUAUCUGCACCCUCACCCACGGGAACGCCUCGCCCCUCCCCGUCGCCCUUGGAUUCAAGUUCUGGUUCAGGAUCGGGGACAAACUCGUUGGGUGGGAGUUUUGUGGAGAAGCCGAAGGACAAGCUCGAUAGCAAGCCAACGCAGUCUACUGUGGACGAAGCGCUUUCUCGCGUUGCUGGAUUGAGUAAUGGGGGAAACGAGAAAGAACGAGUUGAAGUGGUAAAGGCAGACGGGGGUGGAGAACGAGGUAGGGACAGAACCUUGACGCCUGUACAGGGGAAUACCUUACCUGUGAGGAAGGUGGAUUGGUCGCCAAUCUUGCUACCAGGCGAAAGCGUCGUUUUCCAUACACGCGUCGAAGCGCGCUCGCCCAAGCGUCGUGGAAGCCGGCUGCUGCUACCACUCAAUGUCGUAUCAUCAACGGUUAGGUCGAAACCGAGGGAGCUGGUCCUCACGAACCAUAGACUCCUAUGUGUGAAGAGGAAGGUAUUAACUGGAUCUGGGGGGACUUCGACUAGUUUUAGGGACGGUGCAGCGAGAUGUGCGAACGGCAGCGGGGACGGAAACGCUGUGGAAGUCGCUUCACCUGGCGUAAGCUUCUCGGUGAAGACAGAGUUGGGGCUCGCGCGUGUUGAAGGGAAGGGACGGGACGGGAAGGACGGGAAGGACAAGGACAAGGAGACAAAGUCAGUCGUCGAGAGCGCGGAGAGGAAGGGAGAUAGGGAGUUUGUAAUAUUAACUGCUGGCAGUUUGAAUCUUACGUAUGCGCUUUACACAGUCGACAACAUCACAGACCUACGCGGCGGAGACGAGUGCAUUGUCGGCACAAUGGGUCGAGAAGAUCAAUGCCUUGCUGUCACCGCAGCAACAAUCGCCGCGCAAGCGCUAACAUGCGGUGUUUUAUCGGUUUACCCUCAGGAGUCGCCACGCUGUUCUUCAGACUGUCUUUUGUGGACUUUAUAG